AGAAACGGAAGUGAGCUUCAAAAAAAAAAAAAAAACCCCACCUCCCAAAUUGAAAUCCCUCAUGGGUCGGAAGCGGAAGCGGAAGCGGCCCCGCGAGGUCGAGCCGGCGGCGGAGCGUGUCCAUCGGGAGACCGCCGGCGGAGAAGUCGACUGCGAGGACUUCGUGGCAACGAACCCACCAAUGGCGGAACCAUCGGCGGCCGGCGAGCGAGAGGAGGCGUCGGAGGCGGCGGAGGAAGAUAUUGGUGAGCUACUGGAGCCGUUCACCAGGGACGAGCUCCUGGACCUCCUCACCGACGCCUGCCUCCGCGACCCCGCCCUGCUCUCCCGCCUCGCGGCCUCCGCCGCCUCCGACGCCGCGCACCGCCGCCUCUUCGCGCACGGCCUCGGCCCGGGCGCUACCUCCGCCGCGCUGGCCGCUGCGUUCGCCCCCUUCGGCGAUGUCGACGAGUGCCACGCCGUCGCCGACCGCGCCACGGGCCGUUGCCGAGGCUACGGCCUCGUCACCUUCCGCCGCCGCUCCGCCGCGCGCCGCGCUCUCGCCGACUCUUCCAAGCGCGUGGACGGCCGGCCCGUCGCCUGCCAGCUCGCCGCCCUCGGCCCGGUUGCACAGUCCUCCUGCUCCGACCGCAAGCUCUUCGUCGACAACGUGCCCGAGCGCGCCGCGCACGACGACCUGAGGGGGUUCUUCUCCAAGUUCGGCGAGAUCGAGGAGGGGCCCCUCGGCGCCGACCGGAAUACCGGGCUGUUUCGAGGCUACGCCAUCUUCUUCUACAAGACGCCCGAGGGGCUCAGGAAGGCCCUCGAGGAGCCCAACAAGGUGUUCGACGGGUGCGAGCUCCAGUGCCGGCGCGCAUACAAGGUGACCAAUAGGAAGCAUGCUGCCGCCGCACCCGUGGACACAGGUGUCCAGAGCAAUGGUGGCGCCGCUAUUGCCGCGGUCUUGCCCUCUGUCCAGGCCAAGGACCUUGCAUUGACAUCCAAGCAGUCGGUGCUUUCAUCGAAUCAGCUGGUUGGUCUGACGGCCGAGGGAAGCAGUUCAGCCCCGGCCACCGUUCGUCAGAAUGUGCCUGCAGGUGGCGCUGGUAUCCUUGGUGCAGCUCCUGUGGCCCCUUCGCUGAUUCAUGGCACAUCAAGCACACCACCAAGUCAUUGUGGCGCUGCAACUGGGCAUGUUGGGUUGGGUGACACUGCUAGAGCUGGUACUUCAACCAUUGAGCCUAUAAUUGGGGCAAAAAAUUCCUUGGGUGCUUCACAUCCUGGCCGAUUGUCGGCUAGGCCUGGCUUGAUACAGCAUUACCUGGGAAGAUAGGUGAAAGUAUCAUGACAUUUUGCUAGACAAGAACUCGAAUAGAACCUAAGCAGGGACUUGAUGCUACUUUCACACUGAAGCAAGGAACUGCAACCUUAGUUGCUUCAGUGCAUCUCAUUCCCAUGGUUUCAGUCGCCCUGCUUAACGAUUAUAAUAUCUUACUACUAGGAAAUGUGAUUUUGUAGAUAGUUUGUAGAACAGACUGAUAAUCUAUAAGGCUGUCAGUGAAUGCGUCAUUCCUAGAAACAAGUGAGAGCAUUAUUGGACCUGUUUAUC